UGGCCAGGCGGCUCGGACGGAGCAGGGUUCUCCUUGCCAGUGAAUCGUGUAGAGUACACUGCCAGUCUCUUGUCUUCUCUUCACCAUGGCUUCUUCUGAUAUCCAGGUGAAGGAACUGGAGAAGCGUGCCUCAGGCCAGGCUUUUGAGCUGAUUCUCAGCCCUCGGUCAAAAGAAUCUGUCCCAGAAUUUCCCCUUUCCCCUCCUAAGAAGAAGGAUCUUUCCCUGGAGGAAAUUCAGAAGAAAUUAGAAGCUGCAGAAGAAAGACGCAAGUCCCAUGAAGCUGAGGUCUUGAAGCAGCUUGCUGAGAAGCGGGAGCACGAGAAGGAGGUGCUUCAGAAGGCGAUAGAGGAGAACAACAACUUCAGCAAGAUGGCGGAAGAGAAGCUGACCCACAAGAUGGAGGCCAACAAAGAGAACCUGGAGGCGCAGAUGGCCGCCAAGCUGGAGCGCCUGCGGGAGAAGGACAAGCACAUUGAAGACGUGCGGAAGAACAAAGAAUCCAAAGAUCCUGCUGAUGAGACUGAAGCCGACUAAUUUGUUCCGAGAACUGACUUUCUCCCCCUCCCCUUCCUAAAUAUCCAAAGACUGUACUGGCCAGUGUCAUUUUACUUUCGCCCUCCUGACAAA